AUUUUUUGUUAACAUAACCUAAGUAUUGUAAAGAUUUCUCUUAAAUAUGCAAUCUUUUAAAAUAAUGUCUCUUACAAAUUUUGUUUGCAAGUACUCUGUUAAGGUUAGACCAAUUGUCGUGACCGAUGAAAAUGUCCUGAACAAAAUUAGUGAUAAUGUUUUUAGACCAAGGAAACACCCGGGUGUUAUGAACCCCAAAACGGUAACACUUCCAGAAGAAUUUGUUAAAGCAAUAGCAUGUGUUACAGAAGAUUAUCCUAUCAAAACACUGCACGUAAAUAGCCAAAAGUUAAGUAGACAUUUAAAAGGUAGAGUGCCUCCCAUGGAGAAGGAAGAAAUUAAAAAUAAAACUCAAGAAAUGCAUGCUAAAGUUUUAUCAAAGUUCGAAGGCAUAAUCAUCGAAAACGAGGAGGACGAGAAGAGGUUUCAACAAAUGGUUCAAAAUAAAGUAAAUAAUAUUUUAAGAGAAAAAAUUUACAACUGGAAACCUAUUAACUAUGAUGCUUAUAAUUCCCUUUUAUAUUUACUGGUUAGAGCACCGCCCGAGUACGCAGUUUUAAUAAAAAUAUUUGGUGAAAUUUCUUCCAGGGAUCCUGAAUUUAAGCCUAAGAGCCUUUUCGAUUUUGGAUCUGGUGUCGGUACAGCAUCAUGGGCCGCUCAGAUGUAUUGGAAGAAUCACAUCUUUGAAUAUUUUAAUGUCGAUUCAUCUCGAGAUAUGAAUGAUCUAGCCCUAAUAUUACUACAAGGUGGCAGAGGCACGGGCAAUCUUCCUAAAGGCACGUUUUAUCGACAGUUCCUACCCGCUUCUAAGGUAACAUACGAUUUGGUAACGUGUGCCUAUUCGUUACUUGAACUGCCUUCGCUCGAGGCCAGGCUCCAAACUCUUGUAAACUUGUGGAAUAAGACGGAGAGGUAUCUCGUAAUUGUAGAGCAAGGGACUAACGCAGGUUUUAAAGUUAUCAACGAAAUACGAGACUUUAUACUUCAAGUGCAAGACGGAUCGAACAAAGGUCACGUCUUCAGUCCGUGCCCCCACGACGAAACAUGCCCAAGAUUUCUGCUGGACGACGGAACGCCGUGUAAUUUUGAAGUAAGAUAUUUCACGUUGCCCGUUGGCCAAAUAUCCCAGUCCAAAACCGAGCUUUAUUCGUACGUGGUGCUUAAGAAGGGUAUGCGAGGGGAAAACGAUCUCCGGUGGCCGAGGAUCGUCAGACCUACCCUCGUCAGAUCGAAACAUACCAUUUGCCGGGUGUGUACGGCUAAAGGAAACCUCAGUGAAGUCAUAUUUACGGCUUCGAAACACGGAAAGAUAACGUACCACUGCGCUAGGUCGUCGAAAUGGGGCGAUCUCCUUCCAGUAACAGUCGAUUUCCAAACUUUUAGUGAAAACGAUGGUACUGAUGAAGAAAGUAAUAGUAGUGAUACCGCUAUUAGUAAUAAUGAAAAAACCGUUUGUAGUAAUAGUGAAGUCGUUGGUGGUGGCAUUGAGGCACCUCCAAGUAAAGACUGUGUAAAAACACCUGGCGAUUAUACUUAAAAUAUAGCUAUUUUCAUUUG